AUGCUAGCUUAUUAAAGGUUUAUUUUUACUAUAAUCCCUGAACUUUGCUGAAAGAAAAGUGUAGGAAAUCCAUGUUUAUGUUUUAAUGGAAUUUGUUAUGAUAAUGACAGAUAUAACUUCUUAAACUAAACAUUUACUAAGCAUCCUCUGAAUAAUGUGUUCCAAAAAAUUCAACCUGUUUUUUCAUAAGCAAUUAGUAUAAAUGAUACUAAGUGCGGGUGGUUACCAAAAAGUAAAUGCUAAGAUUAAACAACAUACAGUGAUGCAAAUGGCGCCAACUUAUCAACAUGUACUAGUUGGGGUUCCACUUUUGUUUCAGAUGGAAAAAAUGUCUUGAUAAAGGACCUUGGUCUUUCAUAUCUAAUCCCUUCAGGUUAUGUUAAUGAAGGUACUGAUCGAUGUUAUUAAUGGACUGGAACAUCAUGUAUAUUGAGAGAAUUUUCAGAUAAAGUUGCUACUUCUGACACUGAAUGUUUAAGUUAUAUUUUUACGAGUGUACUCUGCAUAACUGAUGAAGGUAAGUGCGUUCCUAGAUCUACAUUUGUUUUUUACCAAAGUGAGCAAAUUUUACAACUUGAUAAGAUGGAAUAUUAAAAUUGA